UUGGCCCAAGUGAUUUUUGAUCCGCGCGCCGGGCGCGCGGGGUUCAUCGUGGCCGGCCCGAUCACAGGAAGGAUUUUGUGAGCUUGGUGCUGGCCAUGACUCCCUGGAGCCCAGAAUCAUGGAGGUCCCUUCCCAAGCACCAGAUGGCAGAGUGGGAGGACAAAGCCUUGGCCAGCAAGGUUUUGGCGAAGUUGCAAAAGCUGCCCCCUUUGGUUCAGCCGAAGGAAUGCGAUCGCCUGAAAACGCUUCUGGCAGAGGCAGGCCGCGGUGAGCGCUUUAUCGUGCAGGGCGGUGACUGCGCCGAACGGUUCCUGGACUGCGAGGGUGGCCGCCUCGAGACACAGUUGAAGCUGAUUCUGCAGAUGGGCAUGAUUGUGGAGCAUAUCAGCGGCAAGCCCACCGGCAAGAUUUGCCGCAUUGCAGGUCAAUAUGGCAAGCCCCGGUCCAAACCUACUGAAGUGGUGGAAGGCCUCGGUGAGAUCAUGAGUUUCAAGGGCGACAACAUCAACGGUUUUGACCCCAAGGAUCGCAAGUGGGACCCAGAGAGGCUGCUACUAGGUUAUUGGCACUCGGCGGCCACCUUGAACUUCCUCCGCGGCUAUGCAGCCAGUGGGGACCACGACCACGGCCUGCGAAGCAUCACAGUGGAGUCCCUGAAAGCAUCGGAGCAGUUCGGCAGCUACACCGAGGAUGCCAAGGCGAUCUCGAGCAAAAGCAUCAGCUCCGAGACUGUAGAGUUUUUCACCAGCCAUGAAGCCAUGCAGCUGGAUUUAGAGGAAGCCCUCACGCGAGCUGUGGGCUCGGAGUACUACAACCUCAGUGCGCACCUGGUGUGGAUUGGAGAUCGCACACGGCAACUGGACUGCGCACACAUCGAAUACUUUCGCGGCAUUGCGAACCCCAUCGGGGUCAAAGUGGGUCCCUCUAUGAAGAACGAUGAACUCAAGGAUUUGGUGACGGUGUUGAAUCCAAAGAAGGAGGAGGGCAGGUUACUGUUGAUCACACGCUACGGUGCCGGCAAAGCCGAGGCAAUGCUGCCUGACCACAUCGAAGCCGUCAAAGCCAGUGGUGUGCCGGUCACCUGGCAAUGUGAUGGCGUUCAUGGGAACGGCGUGGUGGCGAAGAGCAACAAACUCAAGACGCGCAUGUUUGAUGACAUUUUGACGGAAAUUAUGGAGGUCAUCCCGGUGGGUGGUGAGGAUCAAACCAUGGUGGAUGGCGCGGAUCCGCUGUCUUCCCCUGUCACAGAUGACAGCAGCUUGACACUGAUUGGAAGGAGGAAGGUCAAAGUGGACCCAACUUCUUUGGCCGUUGGCGUGGGCCUGGGUGCCUUGGUGGGUUUUCUCGUCAGCAAGGCCUUGAGCAAGGGAACUUUGGUGAAUCCCAGCAUUGACAAGGCCUCCGCAAAGGUGGCGACUGUGCAAAGUAUGAAGGACAUUGAGGAGACCUGCAAGAACAACAAUGGUAAGGCUGUCUUUUGCCGUUGCUGGCGCAGCAGCAAGUUCCCGUAUUGCGACGGAUCGCACGCAAAGUACAACAAGGAGUGCUGCGACAACACUGGGCCCUUGGUGAUCAACGCUUGA